AUGGCGCGAACCAGAGGAGCCAAAUCUUCCUCUCCUUCCACCCGCAAGCGAGCGCCGCGCGAAGUGCCUGUUCAAGCCUCUACCUCUGAGCCUUCGCGACCAGAAGCUGCUUCGCCUCCGGCGAAGGCGGCACCACAAAAACGUCCGGCCAAGCCAGCAAUACAGCAACCUCCGCGAGACGUUAUCUCACCAGAGCCUUCUCCGGUGCCAUCUCCGGCACCGCCGGCGAAACCUCAAGCAAGCCAGCCGCCACUCUCUGAGCCCCAAAUUCCAUCUAGGACAGCUCCUGAAGCGAUAAUCAGGCGUCCGAUGCUCACUCAACCACCAAUUGAAGGCAAUUUGGACUGCCGAGCUCGACCAUUUCACUCUGAGCUGUGCUUUGACACAGCCACCUUCCAAUUGCGGCCGAAGCUUGCAGCGUAUAGAAUGGAGCAGCCAGAGCUUCCACAGCCAGCUCAGAUACCAGCUGCCAGGAGAGCAUCUCCACGUCAUAUACCUGAGGGUAUACCCAUUGCUUCUCCUACCAUAGCCAGAGCUCCUCCAGUUACUCCAGCCUCAUCACAGCCCUCUACUUUAGCUGAGCCAAGGAUGGCCAUUCCCAUUUCUGAGUAUAGAGAUUUAUGCCAUGCACUGCAGGCCUUGACCGCUCAGCACACUGCCAUCUUGAGGCAGCUCCAGCAUCAUCUCGGUCUCCCAUCAGCUGCUGAGCAUCUCACUCCCACCACUGCAGUGCCACACUCACAGGCCACAGAGCCUCAGGCCCCUCCUGACCCAGCUACUGAAGAGGCAGAGCCAUCUGCCUAA